AUGUCAGCAUAUCCGAUGAGGAAAGUUUCCGUAGUAUAUCUGUUUGCUCUCGCGCUUCACGUAUCUGCUAAGAAUGCGUACAAAGUGAUACCGAUCAUAACGGGUGUGCAGCUGAAGGAUAACUUAAACUAUCUCAACUCUUCCGCCCAAACAUACAACGCAUCGGAGCAUAAGAUUGACUUUUCCAUCAAUCUCAAAACACCACUCGUGAAUCCGUGGCUUAACCUCAUCACCUGGGUUGAUGUGGCGUCCGGUGCGUUGAAAGCUCCGCUGCAAAACAAGUCCAUCAACUUUUGCAAGUUUCUACGCAACCCGUCCAUGCACCGAUUGGGCCAAAUCAUACUGCGCGAGGUUAAGCGUAGCGGAAAUGCACCGACAAAAUGUCCGUUCCCCGCCAAACUUUAUCAAUUCCGCAGCUUAUCAACGGGUGAACUACGUUUGCCACUAUUUUUACCCGAAAACGAGUUUGUUAUAGAUAUUGUGGUCGGUGUUAGCAACAACAUUGUUUACAACUCGCGCUGGCAUGGGAUGUUGAGAAGAGUUCAAUGUACGUCCAAUAGACGGUGCUAG